AUGGACUUCUCCUACUUCUUCUCGUCGUCGUCUUCGUCGGAGAAGAAGUCCUCGACGAAGCGCCGGCAGCAGCAGCAGCAGCAUCAACAGGACAACAAUGGCAACGAGACAAGAUACCUCGGGGUGAGGCGGCGGCCAUGGGGCCGGUACGCCGCAGAGAUCCGGGACCCGGCCACCAAGGAGCGGCACUGGCUCGGCACGUUCGACACCGCGGAGGAGGCCGCCAUCGCCUACGACCGCGCCGCCCGCAACAUCCGCGGCGCCAACGCCCGCACCAACUUCGCCUACCCCGACCUGCCGCCGGGCUCCUCCGUCACCCCGUACCUCUCCCCGGACCUCUCCGCCGACCAGCUCCAGCACUACUAUUACGCCGCCGCCGACCCCGUAGCACCCGCCGCCGCUCAUCAGCUGGCAACAACACCGGACUGCGAUCAUCAUCAGUCCGCACAUGGCGGCGGCGCCGGCGGCAACGAUCCGGUCUAUCAUCAGUACCACCACGUGCCGGUGGAGACGACGAUGCCGUCCUACGGCGGCGCUGCUGACGCGUCGUUCAUGGCCUACGGCGGGAACGCUGAGAUGGGCAUGUACUGCUUCGAAGGCGCCAACAACGGCGCCGCUGGCGGCGGUGACGACAGGGCGUGGUGCGACGCGUCGGAGCUGCAGUUCGGUGGUCACAACGACGACACGGCGGCGGCGGCGGCGGCCAACGCGUCGCACGGAAUGUACUUCGAGGAAGGGUACUUGCACAGCCCAAUGUUUUCGCCGAUGCCGGCCGCCGACGAGGUCGUCGACGGGUUCCAGCUCGGCGGGUCGUCUUCGUAUUACUACUGA